CUUAACCUGUCAUUAUAUUAGUCACACGCUCACGAGUGCCAAACAGCAAUUAAAGUGGUUUUGAGACGGUUAUCAGAUCAAAACCUACCAAAAAUUCAAAUUAUUUCUUCUCCCGCCUGUUGUUAUUGAUUUAAAAAUCUCACAACUAACAUAUUAUGGAAUCACCCUAUCCAAAUUUCACUGAACGCAUCGUCGCUUCAACUCUUCUCCUGCUUUCUUCGUCUCCAAGCAUUGAGGAAUUCACACGUAAAUGCAGUGUUGAUCGUUGUGAGAGUUUGCUGUUGAACAAAUCGUUUUCUAGAUCGUCUGCUUCGUCUAUUGUGAGUAGCGAUGACGUUUCAUCUGAUGAAGCUCAUGCACGUCGUCACCGUACAGUUGCUAACGCUGUUGCUCGUUCUGAACAUGCGAUGAAGCUUAAGGUUGUAAGAAAAAGCAGAUCGAAGACGUUAUGGAUUUCCGAUAGCCGUAGAACCGCUAAUGCUGAACGGAAAUUUGUCACAGCGUCGUGUAGCUCGUCGUUGACGUCAGAAGGCUCGUCGUGUUUGUCAGGUGGCUCAAGCAGCUUGGUUUCCAGCUCGGAAAGCUGUAAGUCGAAGAUGAUGAGAGAGAAUAUGAAGCCGUCGUCGUCUGUGGUCGGCUCGGCUCAUCUACUGCGCCGAUCUGAAGCCAUAUUGAAAGUGCUGGCUCAUAUUGGAUGCGCUUCUGAAGUGAGGAUACGUCAGCUUCUCGGUGACAGUCCCGACACCAGCAAAGCGUUGCGAAUGUUGCUUAAGAAAGAGGAAGUGAGAAGGUCUGGAGCUGGAGGGAGAGGUGAUCCAUUCAUUUAUCAGAUAUCUGCUAAGUAGCUGUUUACAUGGUAAUGUCAGUAUAUAUACAGCCAGCAUAUAUCCCACUAAUUUGGAAAUUUUGUUCUUCCAAAAGUUAAUAAUAAGAAUAUAUAGAUUCAAUGCCUAACAAUAAGAAAGUUAUAUAAACAUAUUGGUAAUUGGAGGUUGUGAUUUUUGGAAAGAGAUUAUUGUUUAGUAAGAUGCAGGAGACAUAUACUCCAAUGUAAGCAAAUAUAUAUCAUAAUGCAUACUUCAUAUGCUAUGUCUUUAUGGCAUAUGUGAUAUUCACUUGAUGCAUUUUAUA